GCUGAGAAUGGCACCUGUGUGUGGAGUUACCUGCUGGCAGCUGGCGUGUGACACCGAGCGUGGAUGGGGGGCAAGGUCCAGGAUGGAACAUUCCUGCUCGCUCCUGCUGCUCUGUGUUAGUUUCAUUUUUGCACGAGCUCUGCCACCCAAUGGAACAGAACUGCCCAAAACAACCACAACAACCAACUCCACCGAGGAGAACACCUUGCACAAGGAGCUGCUGACUUCCCUGCUGAUCCUGGUGCUGGUGGUGGUCAUUUUCGUGGUGCUGGUGGGGUAUUUUUUCAGGUUCAGGAGACACAGGAAAGCUGUGGUCAACUCCGGAGACAAGAAGAUGCCAAAUGGGAUCUUGGAAGAACAAGAACAGCAGCGGGUCAUGCUGCUCAGCAGGUCUCCCUCGGGCCCCAAGAAGUAUUUCCCCAUCCCUGUGGAAAACCUGGAGGAGGAAAUCCGGAUACGCUCGGCCGACGAGGGGAAGCUCUUCAGGGAAGAGUUUAAUUCAUUAACGUCUGGAUAUGUGCAGGGAACAUUUGAAAUGGCAAAUAAGGAGGAAAACAGGGAGAAGAACAGAUAUCCCAACAUCCUGCCAUAUGAUCACUCCAGAGUGAUUUUGACCCAAAUUGAUGGAGUCCCACCUUCAGACUACAUCAAUGCAUCAUAUAUAGAUGGUUAUAAGGAAAAGAAUAAAUUUAUAGCAGCACAAGGACCCAAGCAGGAAACAGUCAAUGACUUCUGGAGGAUGAUCUGGGAGCAGAAAUCGGCCGUUAUUGUCAUGUUAACCAACCUGAAAGAAAGAAAAGAGGAGAAGUGUUUCCAGUACUGGCCUGACCAGGGCUGCUGGACGUACGGCAGUGUCCGUGUGUCCGUGGAGGAUUCCAUGGUGCUGGUGGAUUACACCAUCCGCAAGUUCUGCGUGCACUCGCUCCAGGAGGGAUGCAAAGCUCCAAGGCUCGUCACCCAGCUCCACUUCACCAGCUGGCCGGAUUUUGGGGUGCCUUUCACACCUAUUGGCAUGCUGAAAUUCCUGAAAAAAGUCAAGACCUUGAAUCCUGCCCAUGCUGGACCAAUUGUGGUUCACUGUAGCGCGGGCGUGGGGCGCACGGGCACCUUCAUCGUCAUCGACGCCAUCAUCGACAUGAUGCACGCCGAGCAGAAGGUGGAUGUCUUCGAGUUCGUCUGCAGGAUCCGCAACCAGCGGCCCCAGAUGGUCCAGACUGACAUGCAAUAUUCCUUCAUUUACCAAGCCUUACUCGAGUACUACCUCUACGGUGACACAGAGCUGGAUGUGUCAUCCCUGGAAAAACACCUCCAGACUUCCCACAAUGCAGCCCCAAACCUGGUCAAAAUAGGCCUGGAAGAGGAAUUUAAAAAGCUGACCAACGUGCGCAUCAUGAAGGAGAACAUGAGGACUGGCAACCUCCCGGCCAACAUGAAGAAAGCAAGAGUCAUCCAGAUCAUCCCCUAUGAUUUUAACAGAGUGAUUCUGUCCAUGAAAAGAGGGCAGGAGUACACAGAUUACAUCAAUGCUUCCUUCAUAGAUGGCUAUCGGCAGAAGGAUUAUUUCAUUGCCACCCAGGGCCCCCUGCCUCACACGGUGGAGGAUUUCUGGAGGAUGGUGUGGGAGUGGAAGUGCCACACCAUCGUGAUGCUCACCGAGGUCCAGGAGAGGGAGCAGGAAAAAUGCUGCCAGUACUGGCCAUCAGAGGGCUCUGUGACUCACGGAGAGAUCACAGUGGAAAUCAAGAGUGACAGCCUGAUGGAUGCCAUCAGUGUGAGGGACUUCCUGGUUACAUAUAAUCCGAGCAACCAGGAGAAGCAGAGCAGGCUGGUCAGGCAGUUCCACUUCCACGGGUGGCCGGAGAUCGGGAUUCCUGCCGAAGGGAAGGGCAUGAUCGACCUCAUUGCAGCGGUGCAGAAGCAGCAGCAGCAGUCUGGCAACCACCCCAUCACUGUGCACUGCAGUGCUGGAGCAGGGAGAACGGGAACCUUCAUAGCCCUGAGCAACAUCCUGGAACGGGUCAAGGCUGAGGGGCUCCUGGACGUGUUCCAGGCUGUGAAGAGCUUGAGGCUGCAGAGGCCACACAUGGUGCAAACACUGGAACAGUAUGAAUUCUGCUACAGAGUGGUACAAGAUUUCAUCGACAUCUUUUCAGAUUAUGCUAAUUUCAAAUGAGAAUUCUGCCUUAUUUUUUAAUUUGUCUGUAUAAAUAGUUGUAUAUUAUGUUAAUUUAUUCUGUGUCACUUGGAUUGUUGACUGAACUGUAAAUACAACGAUGUGCUGGUUCUGAAAGUUGCAUUUGCUGUAUAAAGUUGUUUCUUAAAUAUAAAUAUCUUCUAAAGCAAAGUAUAAUGUUCCUAUACUGUAUAGCACUGUAAGAUGGGAUAGAAAUCUUUAUUCUAAAUAACAAAAACUUAAUUCUCGGGGGUUUUUUUUUUCUUUUGGAUUUUGCCACUCAUAAAUAUUUAUCAACAACGUUAUUUCCCAAUUCUUGAAUUUUUUGACAGGUGAUUUACAGUUCAUCCUAAAAAAAGUUAAUUUGGGUGCACAUGUUUAAACAUAUUUUGUUCAGCAGGAAAAUAUGUUCACCAUCAAAAUAGAUAUUUAUUUUUCCAGGCUGUUUUAAAGAGCCUCCAGGUUUUGUUGGAUUUUGAGUCUUCCUGUCCAUAGAAAAAAUCAGUAGAAAUACAAAUUUGAAUUUUUGAAUUAACAGAACUUUCAAAGCCCUGUUCAUUUUUUUCCCAAAUAUUGUUUAAGUCGAUUUAGAAAGGCAAUAACGUGAUUUUUAGAAUAUUUUGCGUAUUUGAAAAGUAUAUUUUGGAGCACCUGAACUUGUCGACUUGAAGAGGAAGGCCAGGAAUGAAGUUAAAAGCAUCUCUUCUCUAUAAACACCUGCAUGAUUUCCCACUCCUUUAAAAUAAGAGAUGAACUCUUAUUCCUUGAUUUGACUCAGCAGGAUAGUUAAGAGGUAAAAAUUG